UUGUAAUGGUGGACAAUCCAGAAUAUAUCAAGACUGUACUAAAAAGUCCAUAUAUUAUUGAUAAGAGCAAGGAAUAUGAAAAAUUUAAACCUUUUUUGGGCAAUGGAUUGUUAACUGCUCCAGCAUCAGUAUGGGAUUCAAAUCGAAAGGUUUUAAAUAAAAUGUUCCAUAUGAAAAUUAUAAAGUCAUAUAUGGAUGUAUUUAUUUAUCAUUCUAUCGCAUUAAUGGAAAAAUUAGAAACAUUUGUUGGAGUUGAAUUAGACAUUUUUGAUUAUGUCUUUCGCUGUACUUUGGAUAUAAUAUAUGAUACCACGCUGGAUACGCAACUAAAUUUGCUGACAAAUCCGGAUUGUAAAUUAGUUGAAUCAAUAAAAUGUGGGAUGGAUAUAGCAACACAAAGAAUCUUUAAAUUCUGGUUACAUCCGAAUAUUAUAUUUUAUAACACUGCUGGAGGAAAGAAAUUUCUAGCGUGCAAGGCUUACCUGGAUAACGUAACAAACAAGAUAAUCAAAGAAAAAAUGGGAUCUAUGUUAAAAAGUAAAAUUUAUCAAGAAUUGACGACGGAAAAGUUAGGACAAAAACGGAAGACAAUUUUCGAUUUCUUAUUCGAGAGAUCGCACGAAGAAGAAGGAUAUACGCAGGAAGAUAUCCGCGAUGAAAUGAAUACAAUAAUUUUAGCUGGAAGCGAAACUACAGCCACAACCAUUAGCUUUGUCCUCUUAAUGCUUGCUUCAUUGCCAGAAAUUCAAGACAAAGUAUAUGAGGAAGUUAAUCGAAUUUACUGCUCGGACGAUUCAAAAAAUGUUUCAAUGACAUAUGAUGAUAUUAAAAGUAUGAAACUUUUGGAACGUGUGAUCAAGGAAACGUUACGUUUAUUUCCUGUUGUUCCAAUCAUCGCCCGGAAAGUGACGCAAGAUAUAAAAGUUACUUCAAAUUGGACAAUACCGAAAGGAUGUUCAGCAGUAUUUUUUAUAUAUAAAAUACAUAGAAAUGCGAAAUAUUGGCCACGACCAUUAGUAUUUGAUCCUGACAGGUUCCUACCGGAAAAUAAUUCUUCUUCGUAUUUCUUUCCAUUUAGUUACGGAAAAAGAAAUUGCAUAGGUCAACAAUUCGCUAUGCUGGAGAUCAUAACAGUAAUAGCUACACUGCUAAAAAGAUUUAGAGUUAUAAUAAACAAGCCAAUUGAAAUUGCAGAAAUAGACGUAAAGUUCAGCAUCACAUUAACUCCGACGAAACCAAUAAGAUUAAAAUUUGAAAGAAGAAAUUAAUCAAA